CUCAUCUCCUCUAUCAUUCCAGAAUAAUUCAAGUCCCCCUAUAGAGCUUGAUAACACGCGCCGACUCGCCCGAAGAGCACAAACCACGCACAUCAAUCACAGGGUCGUCCUCGCUCCCUCUUUCGCUCCUACACAUGGCCCUGCCAUCGCCGGCGUCUAGCUGAAGUGCCCCACCCCAUCCGCCACUUUUCGUCCGCCUUCUUGUGAAUAUCCACCACCCAGCAAUCUUUUCAACCCAGACCGAGAACUCGGGCGCCGUACGCUUUCCCUUACCCAACGUCACUCGCUACUCCGGCCCCCUCGAACAAAACACCCCUACAUGACCCUCUUAUCGCGCCCAUCGAGGUCGUACGCCACUGUCGACCACGACCCCGACGGUCUCGCCGGUAUCGGCUCAGCCCCCGGGGCGGGCGCAUCCACCUCGGGCUCAGUUCUGGGAUCAGGCGGUACGCGUCGGGGAUCGGGUUCCCAGGUUGGGCGAGAUUCUGGCAGCGCGCUCGGCGGGGUGCAUGUGCUCAAGAAGGGCAGCAAGAAAGGCGACGGUUUCAAGACAUAUCGACCUCCAAUUUCCGAAACGCAUCUCCGACGCUCACUUGGGUAUGACCCGCACCCCACGUCGUCUUUCGCCCCUUUGCCGAGUGCGUUCCAGUCGUCGAGGGUGAAGAAGGAGGCAGCGCUGGCGGGACAGAGGGCAGAGGCUGAUCAUCUUCUUGCGCCGGGGUAUAAUGAAACCCGGCGGACGGCUGGGGGUCUUGCUGGAGGUCUGAGGGGGAGCUCAAGUCAAGCGAGCUUUAACCCGCCUCAUUCUGCGAAUUCCGGAAGGCGACAAGCUGGAGUCUACUUGGAUUCGUACGGCAAGCUGCACGAUACCGAGUAUGACCCGUUUGCCGGGCUGACAAACAUUUCUCGCGACAAGUCUCGCCGUCGGUCAGCCUUUGGAAAAAGUCGGCGCUCGUCUGUCUCGUCAGAUUCUUCUUCAUCGUCUGCUGAAUCUCAAGCGAGGAGGCGCCAGAGUCAUGAUACGAUGCGUUCUGUGCGGGACGAGGAAGAAGUCCGUCGGCGGUUGCGGGAGAAGGAGCGCGAGAUGGAAAAGCAGCGGGACGACGUUUCGCUAUAUGUGCAGAGACGGCGAAGUAUCAUGUCGGAGAGGGAGAGAGAAUGGACGGGACGGGGUUCGCCUUCUAUCAGGUCGAUUGAAGAAGGACCGAUGGGUUCGGGGCAGAGUUUCAUGACCGGCCGGCGAUCCCAGGCCAACCACUACUACCCCUCUCCUCUAUCGCCCCAGUUUGCCGGGCCGUCUUUCGCCAAUAACCCUUCUACGGCAUCGAACGCGUCUACUCGCACGCCCAAUACGAGUACGUUCUCUGGUAUCAACGGUGAAGGCACCCCGCCUGAAAAGAUCUCCGAAAUGACUCAAGCCAAAUCGCCUGUCCAAGCCCUCGCUCCUCCUCCUCUCAUAUCUGAACCGCCGCCCAAAGAGAGAAAAAAGAGUAAAGUCGAAGUGCGGGAUGGUGUGACAAAAGUCAUCGGCUUUGACGGCCCCGCUCAAUCUCUUUCGCCUCCGACGGACCAGCUUGGGAGUCUUUCGCUCCAGUCACCAGACCCUUCUUCGGGGCUCACACCGCCUCCGCCUAUCUCUGCUAGCGCUUCGGUGACGUCGAGAGGUUCGAUGGAUAUGCCCCGUUCCCCUCGACCACCUGGUGAGCCUGCACGGACCCGGCACCCCACACGGACCGCAAGGGAUGACAUCUACCCCGAAACCCCCGCCCAAACCAAGCGUCGCCAAGACAAGGAACGCCAGCGCAUCCUCUCUGGCGCACACCACCCCUCUCACAUCUCAUCCCACCACGCCCAUACGGGCAAGCCGUCGCCGCUUGCGAUCAAUACGAAUCUCGCGCCGAAUGGGGAGAGGGUGUUGCCCGAGAUUGAGAUUGUGAGCGAUGAUGAUCCGAGGGUGGUGGUGCCGAAGGAGGGAAAGACGACGAGGGUGCAGAGGGUGCAUGAUCAUGUGAUCCGGAACCCGCUCCAUCACCACUCGCGCAAGACGUCUCAAGCGUCCAAUUCGACGCUGGGCACGCUUCCGCUCCCGCCGACUAUGCCUGCUGCUGGUGGGUAUGGUUUGUCAGGUUCGUCUUCGUUGAAUGACCUGAAUGGGAGUGGUAAGGCGAGGAGUACGACGGGAAGCAGAGGUGGGGGAAGCAGUUUCAUGGAGGAGAGUGGAGGGUAUCUGCCCUCGAGGUGGGCGCAAGGUGAUAAGAAGUUGAGAAAGACGGAGGAGGAGAGGGAGGCGUAUAGGCCGAGAGAGUGGGGAGAGGAAGAAGGAACCUGGCAUCCGACCGCAAAGGAUCAAGUGAAGCGAAACUUUAAAGACAUUGCGACCAGUGCGAGGUUCAGUCUCUACCGUACCAAAAAGGCGUUGAUGAGGAAGGCGGAGCUGUGAGCAGGAGUUUGAGAGUCGUCCUUACUGCCGAGGACGAGAAGAGUUUGAAAGUGGUGAUACAUGUGGAUACAAGUAUACCCCGUAUCCCAAGACAAGAGUUCUUCUUACUAUAGCAUACUUUACCAAUACACGAAUUGUUUCCCCUCUUUCCUCAGAAAUUUAUCAAUCUCUUUAUGGUACUCCACAUAUUGUUGUGUUUGGCUCAGUUGUACCAUCAUCUUUUUCCUCUUCAUAUAUCUAUAUACAACUCUUUCUGCUCGUACAUGUAUUCAUCCGUUGGUCGUAGCUCAGUGAUAUGACAUGGUUGAGAGAGAGGCGAUGAGAUGGCGAUGGACAGCAGGAUCAUGCGACUAGUUGACGGAUGACCAGAAGUUGCCCACUUGAGGCCGAAAGCUCGACACGACCA